AUGGCCUCACCCGCGCCGCUAAAGCGCAUCCAUGCGCCCCUCCGAAAAGCCCUCGGCGCCUACCGAGCCUUCGCCACCGUCCCCGAAGCACCCUCGGCCUCCCAGCCGAAAGCCCGACGACCGACCUACUUCAAAGACCGCACCGUCGCGUCCCUGGACGACUUCAUCGCCGGCAAGCAGGGCGCCCUCUCGAGCGCCGAGGCCUACGAGAUCCGCACCGUCGAGGUCACCGGCCCCACGGGCAAGAAGAAGACCGUCACGCGGCUGCCCGAGUGGCUCAAGACGCCCAUCCCCGCCGGCAACGACAACUUCAAGGCGAUCAAGAAGGACCUGAGGGGCCUGGGCCUGCACACCGUCUGCGAGGAGGCCCGGUGUCCCAACAUCUCGGAGUGCUGGGGCGGGAGCAACAAGAGCGCGGCCACGGCCACCAUCAUGCUCAUGGGCGACACCUGCACCAGGGGAUGCCGCUUCUGCAGCGUCAAGACGAGCAGGGCGCCCGCGCCGCUCGACCCCCACGAGCCGGAGAACACGGCCGAGGCGCUCGCGCGCUGGGGUCUGGGUUACGUGGUGCUCACGACCGUGGACCGCGACGACCUCCCGGACAGCGGCGCGCACCACCUGGCGGAGACGAUCGGCAAGAUCAAGAGCAAGAAGCCGAGCCUGCUCGUGGAGGCGCUGACGGGCGACUUCAUGGGGAACCUGGAGAUGGCGCAGGUCGUGGCGCGGAGCGGGCUCGACGUGUUCGCGCACAACGUCGAGACCGUGGAGGCGCUGACGCCGUACGUGAGAGAUCGGAGGGCGACCUUCAGGCAGAGUUUGAGCGUGUUGCGGGCGGCGAAGGAGGCGAAGCCCGACCUGAUCACCAAGACGAGUAUGAUGUUCGGACUGGGGGAGCAGGAGCACGAGGUCAUGGAUGCUUUGAGGGAACUCCGCAAGGCCAACGUCGACGUCGUGACGUUCGGCCAGUACAUGCGUCCCACGAAGCGCCACCUCCAGGUGGAGAGAUACGUGACGCCGGACGAGUUCGAGAUGUGGAGGCAACGGGCGCUGGACAUGGGAUUCCUGUACUGCGCCAGCGGGCCUCUCGUGCGCAGCAGUUACAAGGCGGGCGAGGCGUUCAUCGAAAACGUCCUGCGCAAGAGGGCCGGCGAGAAGACGCCCGUCGGCAGCAAGGAUCUCGGGCAGACGGUCGCGCUGGAGGAGGGCUUGAAGCCGACUCUCUAG